CUAGAUCCUGCCCUAUUUUCACAAAAAAGCCAAGCUUUUCUUCAGCUGUAUGUGUAUGUGUGUGCCGGUGCUGUUAGUACCCGGCUGUGUAACUUGAUAGGGGGCAUCGAGAGGGAUAAGGGAAUGUUGAGUUGCAAUGGAGCAGAGUACGAUACAGUGGUUAGGCUCCCCCAGCUGCCUUCGGGGCUCCUUUGCCUUUUACAAGUCAGUGAUUUGCAAGCAGGAGUCCGGGGCUCCGCCUCAGGUCUGGAAACUUGGAGAGUUUUACUUUAUACGAUGUGGCCCUCAGGAGCCUGUGUGCAUAGCAGAGGUCACACUACUGUGGGAAGAUCAGACACAGCGCCACCUGCUGGCCAGUUCGAGACUUUACUUCUUACCUGAAGACACACCGAAGGGCAGAGCAGUGGAACAUGGAGAGGACGAAGUCCUCGCCGUGUCGAAAAAAAUUGUAGUGAGAGUUGAGGAUCUGGUGAAGUGGACUUGUCGGGAACCGCCACGUUGGAAGUGCGGCAGUCAAAACAUUCACGGAUCUCACAAGCCUGAUUGGUCGCAAGAAGCUACGUCUCCACAACAAGGCAAAACAGAGAGUAGCGAUGAGUCUACGAAUGUACAGCAGAAGGUUAAAGUUCUCAGCUAUCCCCAGUAUUGUCGCUUUCGUUCUCUACAGAGACGAGUCCCGGAUCAAGCUAGUUGCCCCGAUCAGCAGGAUCCUCACCUACUGGCUUUGGGGGGAAUAAAGGUGACCCUUCAAAACACGCGUGUCCUGUACUGUCGGGAUACUUUCCACCACCCUACCCUAGACAGCAGUGCCAGCUUCAUGACACAGUUUGGUUGCUCCUCUCUCAGCCUGAAGGGGCGGCCUCGUAAAAGAAGAGGCAGAGAUGGCAACGGAUCAGAGCAACAAAACCAGAAUCAACUAUCAGAGUCAUGGAUGGAAAGAAUGAAGGAGAAUGUGAUGGGCAGUGUGGAGAUGCAAUGGGAUGGAAAUUGGCUCCCACACCCAGAAGAGCAGCUGUUCCUGGAUCAGCUGUAUCUUUUUAUGGAACGCAGGGGCUCCCCUAUUAGCAAAGUUCCCAACCUGGGUUUCAAAAAAAUUGACCUCUUCCUCAUGUAUUCGGUUGUGAAGAAACUUGGUGGCUACGAGAGGGUAACAUCACAGCGUUUGUGGAAGGUUGUGUACAAUGAGCUGGGUGGAAGCCCGGGAAGUACCAGCGCUGCCACCUGCACCAGAAGGCAUUAUGAAAGGCUUAUGCUGCCUUAUGAACUCCACAUAAGGGGAGAAAAUCCAGAAUUUUGCAAGCCCAGAGCGACAUCCGUGUCACCCACCACAAUCAAAAAGACUGGGCUGGGUAAAGGAUUGGCCAACAGCCAGAAGAAUGCAGUUACUGGCCAGAUAUCUUCUCCAGAUGGUGUUGUGGUACGUAAAAGAGGAAGACCACCCGGCAAACGAAAUGCAAAGGUUCUGACUAAGGGAAGGGUUGGAAGACCACCUUUGCAUCCCAAACCACCUCCCCUUGAGAAACCAGAACGACCCCAUCAGGAGAUCAAGCCACAGCCUAUUUUCCAAGAACUGAGGCUUACCAACCAUCCUCACACCCAAGCUCUGUCCUUUGUAUCUUCUACAUCCGUGUCCCACCAAGCCAUACUGGGACGAGAUGUGAAGAUUGUGGAGACUGUUGAUGUUCCCUCUUUUCUGUCAGCUCCUGUCAAGUUGCUGGCAGGUGGAUCCUUGGAGGGAUUCAGUCCCACCAAAGGCAUAUGUCCGUUGGACCUCUUCAGGGCCCGUCUGGGCCUCAAUGGACUGAGUGGUCUUGAGGGUACUCCUCAAGAUUCUUCUACACCCCACCAGACAAUAAUAAUUCAUCAACCCAAAGUCAGUACACCCGAGACUCUGGAAAGUCUUCAACACCAGUGUUCGGGGUGCAGUCUAGACACCCCAUCCCAAAACGCAGGACUCUCAAUGACCAAAGCUCCCUUGCCUUCUCUCAGGAUCCUCCCCGUUGAUAUCGGGUGCAGCCUGCAGGUACGUCAACUGAUGCGCACCCGCCUUGAUUCAUCACACAUGAACACCUUCACCAAGCGUCUUUCAGAGGUUCUUGCUCAAGAUCUUAGUCAGACUUCCCAACAGAACGGCAGUUCCAUCUGUGUCCCUCAGGGACAAUCGCUCCCGCUCAACCUGAGCAAGAGAGCCAUUACCAAGAGGUCCGCUGGAGAUAUGGAGCUCACAGAUUCAGUGCCAAGCAAAGACAUCCAGUCUACAAUCAAAAGAGUGAAGACGGAAGAUCACGGUCUAUCUUUGAAAUGGAACGGCAUGUCUAUUUUGAAGCCGUUGACCCAAGAAGAGCCAGCUGACCUCAGUUCUCCCAGCAGAGCGAGAGCUUUACUUCCUGAUAGGACAAGUUUGGCUCACUCUGAAGCCACUGUCAUUCCCAAACUAGAGGUCCCUACUGGAAAGCCCUCCAGUAUUAUUGCUUCUUCAGAUCCUCUACAUUGUGUUUAUCAACUGAAACAAGAGGACGACCAAAGCGGUGCAAUUGCAGUGACAGUUAAGAAAGAUCCUGAUCUUGAACCUCAACCCAACGGUGACCUCUACCUGCAACGUAUACCUACUGAUGAUAUCAAAGUGGAUUCGGAUUCGGUUUCCUCUCUUAAAAUACUUUCUAGUUCACUCCUCACCAAACCAUCACAAAGUUGUUAGCAUGCAGGGAUUGGGUUUCCAUCUAAACCCCACAUCAUAAACUUUUACGUCACUCCUUUUUACUCUAGAUCACACGUGUUUGUGUAUGAUCAAAGCGACAAUUGUGCAGAUCUAUGCGUCAUCUGUUUUUGAAACACUACUUUGAACUGAUGCAGGUGGUCGUGGUUUAACCAAAGAUAAGGUGCCUUAAUGAGUCUAUUUUAGUACAUUUAAAUUGAAACCUAUGCUGUAGUUAGAGGAUCACCAAGUGGCCGGCCAAUAAAAAGACAUUUAAUAUGAAUCACAGAUCUUUCGAUUUCUUUGAAACCGAGGUGCGAGAUGUUAUUUAAGUAACAAUUUUAUGAACAUGGUAUUUAAGUCUGCUUCCAGAUUAUACUAAAAUUUCAAGUAUGUAUUUUUCCAGCCUUAAUGUUGUUGAACCGGUAAGCUACUGUAUUUUUCUUAGCAUAAAUGUUUUUUAAGUCUGUAAUGAAAGCAGUGUCAUAUGUGGAUGUAGGUCGGUCGGUCAUGCGGUUAUUAUUUAUCAGUGUCACUUCUUAAUAUGCUUAUUCUUUAAAUUUAUUUUCAAUUUUACUUUACUCUUCUUUAGCUGUUUGUCUUUGAACUAUUUAAGACCAGAGCACAAAAUGACCUCUGUGCUGAAUGCUACCAUAUUUUCCUUUAUUUUGAAACAAUGUACUGUAUUGUUUGUAAGUUGUAUGCGUAUUUAGGGUCCCAAUGCGAAUUUCCUUUUUUUUUACAGUAAUUAUUUCGGUAACACUUUACAGUGAGGUUGUAUUUGUUAACAUUAGUAAAUUCAACUGACAAUUUAAAAGAGAAAGCAUUUAUUUAUUUUAUUUUAGUUUUAAUUAGUUUUAGUUUAGUUUUAAGUUUUAAUUUUUAACAUUUAUUAAUCGAUUUUUAAAAUCAAAAGUUGUAUCUGUAAACAUUAGUUAAUGCAUCAUGAACUAACUGUACUGGCAUAACAAAGAUUAAUAAAUGGCAAUAAACAGUAUUGCUUAUCAUUACUUCAGCUUAUGCAUUUACUAAUGUUAACCGAUACAAUCUUAUUGUAAAGUGUUAUUCUUUUCUCGUUUUGAAGCGUAUUUUAUUAACAUAUAUAUUAUAGUUACAUUUUGUGUUUCUGAUAAAUCAAGAAAUAAUAUUUUUAGAAUGAUACAGAAGCUCAUAAUAUGGAUAACUUAAAUUGCCUUUCACUCCUUGAAGACUGACCUCUCGUAUUUGCAAUGUAUUUCACACGUUUACAGAUGACGCGUUUUUAAUAAUAUACAAUCGAUUUGCUAACUGUAAGUAAUUUUUGGGUCAUUCUUUAUUAAUUUGCUGGUUGUCUUUCCCUUUAAUUUUAAUUGUGUACUUGAAUGUAUGCCAAACAGAACGCUAAUCUUUAUUUAAUGCUCUAUUUAGUACCACCAGGUUACAGAAAGUGUUUUUUUGCUAUUAUUGUGCAUGCUUUUGUUAAUGAAACAUGGACUCUGUGAUUGAUUUUUUUUAUUGCAGACUCGUGUUUGAACACUGAAUAUUUAUAAUAAAAAUGGUAUACAGAUGUUUUUUCUGAAAUUCGCAAAGGUUUACAUUUUUAAGAUGGCACCUGUGUUCUCAACUACAGAAGCUUUUAUUUGUUUAUUGCCUCUGAGCUCAUUACCAUGUUGUAAUGUUUAGUGCAGUGACCAGCAGAUGGCAGCAUCAUCUUAUUUUGGAAAACACA